AUGCCCGAGAGUAGAGGCCAGAGACGGAGUCACGGUCACGGAGAGAGGCAGAGAGCCGCCGGAGAGCAGAGCUUCUUCUUCUUCGAGCUUGCCACUGCGCCAUCCUUUUCCUGUAAGUUCCUCUCUCUUCGCGCUCUCUCUCUAUCAUCCUGUCGCAUUGUGAUUCUUCUUCUUCUUCUCCACCGCUGCGCCAUCUUCUUCAUAUUCGUCAUUGUAACAUCUUUGCCGGUUGCCGUCGCUAUAAUCCCGUCGUUGUUGCAGCUUCUUGUUAAGGUGAUGAGGAAGAGUGAAAAACCAUCUUCUACAGCAGCAACCUCUGUGACUACAUUCACCAAGAGCCAAGAGCAACAAGGUACUCUAUCUCCGCCACCCAGUCGUUCAGAAGCAAAUGGUUUCGAGACAAAUACUGAAAAAAUUGCAAACAUUCAAGAAGCUGAAGCUGAGGGUUAUUCUAUUCAUGUGAAAGGGCUAUCACCCAACACUACACCUUCCCUCCUGGAGAGUGUGUUAAAGAAGUUUGGACUUAUUAAGAAUGGUGGUAUCCAAGUUAGAUCACAAAAGUCAAUGAGGCUUUACCCUCAACCACCAGUGUUGAUCCGUCGCUCUCUUGAGAAUGAUAUGCUCGGCGAGUAUCCUAUAAAAAGAGGUGAAGAUAUCUUUAUAUCUGUCUGGAACCUGCAUCGUAGUCCAAACCUAUGGGAUGAUGCUGAUAAGUUUCAACCAGAAAGAUGGCCAGUAGAUGGACCUAACCCCAAUGAGACAAAUCAAAAUUUCAGGUAUCUUCCAUUUGGGGGAGGACCGCGGAAAUGUAUUGGUGAUUUGUUUGCUUCAAAUAAGACCAUAGUAGCAUUUGCCAUGCUUGUUAGACGGUUCAACUUUCAAAGGGCAGUUGGAGCCCCACCAGCAUCACCUAUUCUGAUUGAAGGGCACCAAGUUUUGGUUGAGGAAAAGAGAUUAACAACUUAA